CGUCAAUUAAAACGUUCACAGCUCUUAACACUACAGUCAAUCACGGCGAAAACCUAACUUUUGCCUGUGAUGUGGAUAGUGACCCCCCUGCAAGUAUAACCAUUGUAUCACCUACUGGAGCCCGCCUAGAAUAUAUCAAGGAAAAUAAUAAGUUACAUUACAGCAAGAGCAGUUCAUGCUUAGAUGACAGAGGUCAGUUUACGUGUGUAUCUGCAAACAAGCACAACCAUUUGCAACCCGAGAAACGAAACGUCACAGUAGAUGUCCGAUGUUCACCUAUAUAUCCAUCUGACUUCAAUCAAAUUACUACAAUCGAAAGUAGACUUGGUACAAAAGCAGUCCUUCUUUUCCGUGUUUUUUCGAACCCUCCACCAAUCCACUUUACAUGGGCAAGUUUUUCGAACAGUAUGUACAUUCCAAUAGACACAAACUCAUCGGACAGAGUUUUUAUCAACACACCAGAUAACAUGUCAUCUACCCUCAUUAUAACAAACAUAAAACCCUGGGACGCCGGCAAUUACUUUGUAAGGGUUGAAAACGAAAUUGGCAGCAAGAACGAAACGUUUCGCAUUGUUGUAGACACCAAAUCAACUACAAUUGCCACACCCACGAUGAACUUCGUAGGUGGUUCUGUUGGUGCUAUAACUGGAGUAGUUAUCAUUGCAGUUCUUGUGUUUGUCUUUAGGAGGAUAACAAGUGUUAAAGGCACACCUCAACAUGACAACAACACAAUACAACACUUAACAGAUAACAGUAAUGAAGGUGGAAAUAUGGAGACAGGUUUCGACAACGUUUUACCAAUUAUUGAUGAAAUUCCAACUUAUGAAGAUGACCGGAAUAUAUAUGAUAUAUAUGGAAACAUACAAACUAGUGAUGCUUUUUGGAAGUCUUUAAAAAUCAAAACACUACGGGAUACAGUACUACAGCUAAAACGUGAUCCUGUACCAUUGUUUAAAGAAUUUUUCACAUUGCAAAUGGGUCUUAAAUACGACACAAAAGCAGCACUGAAGCCAAAGAAUGUUGAAAAAAAUAGAUACAGGAUUAUUUACCCAUACGACGCAAGUAGAGUGGUCCUCCCCUGCAUACGAUGGGAUCCAGACUCUGAUUUCAUUAACGCAAGUUACAUUGAUGGAUACUGUAAACCAAGGAAAUAUAUAGCUGCCCAAGGUCCUCUCGAAAAUACAAUAAGCGAUACUUGGAGAAUGAUCCAUUCGGAAGAUAUCAAAAUUAUUGUCAUGGUUACAAAUAUUAUGGAAGUCGGAAAGAAAAAAUGUUCCAAAUAUUGGCCAGAUGAUCGUGCUAUAUACGGAAAGUGUAAUGUCAAACUUGACCAAGUUGAAGAGUACGCUGACUUUGUUGUUAGGCAUUUCACAUACAACAUGGAAGGAACAAGAUUCGAACGGCAAUUGAUUCAGUUUCAUUACACAUCAUGGCCCGACAAAAAUGUACCAGCGACGGCUUUAUCUUUAGUGCAAUUCUGGAGAAAAGUUAGACAAUGUGAAUUUGUGGAAAACACGCCAUGGAUGGUCCAUUGCAGCGCUGGUGUAGGAAGGACUGGGUCUUUCAUUGCCUUAGACGUCCUCUAUGAACAAGGAAAGGUUGAUGGGAAACUGAAUAUUCCAGACACUGUGAAUGUUUUAAGGGAGCAACGAAUAAGCAUGGUACAGACAAAGGAGCAGUAUCUGUAUCUGCAUGAAGUUAUUACGGAGCUGCUAGACCCCAUUGGACAGAUUAUCAAUCCUGAAAAUAGUUUGAAGUUACAGUCAACUGUGGCAGAAGACAAAACAUUGAAAAAGGAGUUUAAAGCAAUUACAGAAUCGAUCGCGAGUGUCAAAACAGAGGAAAGCGACUUUGAUUUUAACAGAAUGCCGGACGGUCUAUUACCGGAAAACAUGUGCAAAUCAAUUGAUAUGAAUGUCAUACCAGAUGACAUCUACAGACCACUGCUUUCUUCUGGAAAUGAUUUCAUAAAUGCUGUGUAUAUUCCGACCUACCGAGAAAAUGAAAAGUAUAUCGUUACGCAGUUUCCGUUGCAAAAUACUGUCAAUGACUUUGUUCGGCUUUUGUGGGACCACAACAUUAGGGAUGUUGUUUUACUUGACCAAGAAAACAACGAGCGUCAUUGCUAUUGGCCCCACACCAAGAAUCCUCUUUGUUUGGGGCCAUUUGUCAUCAGUCUUUUAACUGUGGAUGAGGCAACGAACUGUACCACUCGGAUAAUAGAUAUAACGCUUGCAAAAAAGCGUCAAAGCAAACAAACGGUGGUACAUCAGUUCACAGCGUGGCCUGGAUAUUUGAAUCUCUGUGAACAAGAAACAUUGGCCGACUUCCUCCAGACGAUCAGCAGUAUUGCAGGACCUGUUGUUGUUCAAUGCCACGAUGGGUACUCGCGCAGUGGUCUGUUUGCAGCACUUUUGUGCACUGUUGACCGAAUCAAAACCGACAAUGAAGUUGCAAUAGCGGACACGGUCAGGCUCGUGAAACACAGGCGCAAGGCAGCCGUUACAGACAUGGAGCAGUACACAUUUUGUCAUGAAAUAGUCUCUGAAUAUCUAAGGAACAGAGAAAGACUUACAGAAGAAAAUCAAGAAUACGUAAACAUGACACUUCCAAAGCUCCUAUAAAAUCAGGCAAUACCUGAUUUCAAAAAAUGAUAUGAAUGCGCAUAUAUAUGGGACAAAGUGACUCAAUGGAAUCAAGCAGUUGUAUAUUCAUGGUCGUUUUUUUUAGAAUCACACAACUAGUGAGAGAGGACAAACUUAAAAUCGACAACUCAUAUGACCACCAGGAGACGAAAUAAGUGUUAUUUAGGAGUCAUCUACGGUUAUUUUAACAUUUGGUUUCAAAUCUUGUUCAAAAUCAAGUACCACAUGUUACAAAUAAUGCGUGAUUCAGGAAUCGUAUUGAUCGCUAAAAAAUGACAUUCAUACUCGAGGUGCUGUCCAGCUUUUAAAGGAAGCAUUUUCAGAAAACUGCAGCAAAUAACAUCUGUCUAGAUAUUCGAGAUUUGUCUUAUAAAUAACAUGCAGCCUUAGAAAUAAUACAUUUUUAGAAAAUAAAUUAACAUUUUUACUGAAAUCACUUAAAUUUUAUAUUUUUAUUUAAAACUUGUAGCUAGUAUUAACUUUUGCGGUUAUAUAGACCUGUUUUUUACUUAAAUUCUUAGUUAUAAGCGUCCGGGUUUUAUCUUAUUCGCGUCAAAUAUGUGUUAUGGAAAUAUUGUAUUCCAUAUACCGCAAACAAUUCAUUCAAAGAAAAUUGGUAAUAACACAUGCUGAUUGUACGAACUCUCUCUUGAUGUACAUAUUUAAGCACGACUUGUAAAUAUUCAAAAGAAACUAUUCACUCGAUGUAUAUGGCAUACAUGCAUAUGUAUGCAUGCAUAAAUCAAUAUAUCCAUCCAGCCUUCCAUCUUCGCACGCAUGCACACUCACAUACACAUACAGACACGCACGCACGCACGCACGCACGCACGCACGCACGCACGCACGCACGCACACACACACACACACACAAACGCUUUUAAUUAAGUAAAUUAUAUUGUAUAAAACCAGUAUACAUGUCAAGUCGGGUUAAAUUUUACAAUUUCGAAUGUCAGUGUGUAAACUGAGGCUAUAUUAACAUACAUUGGUUAUAAAAACUGCGCAAUAAACACAUUUUCAAAAGCGUAUAUGCAUGUUCUGUUCUGUUUGUAAAUACUAGUAGAUGAAUAUCAGAGAAUUAGAUAUACCUGUGUACUACAAACCAUGUCCAUGUAUGUUUUCAUUAGUUGAGUUGUUUAAUACAGGAAAUGGAUCGGCUUUGAAAACCCUUAGUAUGUUUUUUCUUUGGAAUUUUGAAAGAAACAACAAUAUUAUAUCUAGUGUAAUCAGAGGUUUUAUUCUUACUUGAACUUUUAACUCUGUAUCAAUCCAUAUGACUUUUUUGUGUGAUAAAGAAACUCUACUGUUAGUGUAUGUUAUCCAUUUUCUUAGCAAAGGGCAUGAAACUAUGAGUUUAAUGUAUAGAAAUUCAUUUAAGUAUAAGAAAAUUGCAUAUGUAUAUUAUGAUAUGAUACGAUAAAACAAGCUAAAUGCAUUAAAACUUAGUGAAUUAGUUACAUGUGGUGAAAAUUUGGAUGACAUCUAUCUUAUUUGUAGUAUUGUUUGCUACAUUGUGUAAAUAUUAUAAUUUGUAAAUUUAUAUAUCAUGUGCUAUAUGUUUAACUCCCUCUAUAAUGCAUAUAGCAGUUAUUGUUUUUGUGCGUGUUUAGUAUCUUGUACAGAGUGUUAUAUAUUAAGGUAAAAUAAAACAUUAUGUAUGUUUAAAUUGAAAAUGACGCCACUUAAAAUUGCUUUUUUUCAUAAUUCAUAUGAUUUCAGAUAGUAUGAAUAAUUAUUUUACUUUGAAUAUUUAGUUUGUUAUUUCGAUAUAUAAAAUGUAUGAAUGUUUUUGUUUUGUCGCCAUUCUGAAAAAUAUUCGGCCACAUUGGUGGCCUUCUGCAGUCAAUUGUAUAAAACUGGUUUAUCCUUUGGUUUGUCAAAGUUAGGCAAAAUGUGUAUUGAUUGGUCAAAAUUGAUCCAAUGAUUACUGUUGAACAUUCAAAUUACUUUGUUGUGCAAACUAUUCACAAAAUAAAAUCAGGAUAACCUAUGGAGUUUUAUACAAUUGGCUGCUGGUUAAUUAAGGUUCUGUUUUGUUCGGUUUUGUUUUGGCGCUGAAAUUGCAUUAUUUGAGUGAAAUGACAAAUAUAUUACUAC